GCGGGAAGGAGGAGGUGGCGGCCGUCGGCCCCGACCCGCCCGGUCCCUCAGGCCUGUCUCAUUUUACGUGGAUUCUCUUAUGAUCUAGCAUUGCAAACCAGAUGAGGCUGGCAGAGGCGUUGCUUUAUGCCAGGUGGAGCGUUCUGGGCCCGUGACUUGUGCAUUGACAAGAUGUGCCUCCAGCCCUGAAGAUGCAUCACAAGAGCAUGUGAAGUGAUGCAAGGGACAAAUACUGCUCCAACAGCACAGUCCAACGAGCAGCAGUGCUGGAAGCCCUGGCCUUCUACAGGUUGUGAUCGAUCUGGUUGACGCUUGGGACUUGGUGUCUCUCCCAUGUUCCACCAUCCAGGGAUCCUGCUCACUCCCAGUCCCAUUCGUAACACAUGCACGGUCAGUCGGAAGGGAAGAAGACGCGGUUGCUGACACAGCAUAGCUCCAAGGAAACCUGAGCAACUUUGCACUCUUGGUUUUAUGGCCAUUAAUGAUUUGCAAUGGUGACAUGAAAGGCAAGCAAGGUCAAGAGGGUAGAUUGUUAUUUUCUUAAAAAGAGAAAUCGUGCGGCUGGGAUCCAGGGGAAGGGUGUGUGUAAAGCAUGAGUUUGCUGAGCCGACUGCGCCGAGUGUUUCGACAACUCACGCUGCAAGGCGUUCUCCUUCUGCUCUUUGCCUUCUGCAUGGCAACGGUGUUCAUUUCAGGGUACUUUCUCUACAUCGGCACUAAGCAAGAAACAGAGCCCUCCAGCGAAGUCCGGGGCUUGGACUGUGACGAUUCCAGAGUGACUCCUUCCAGGCUGCUCCCAACCAAAGCCGUAAAACGGGCGGAUUCUUCCCGGACAGACCCUGUGGUGUUGGUCUUUGUUGAAAGCAUGUAUACCCAGUUGGGACAGGAAAUCGUGGCCAUUCUAGAGUCCAGCCGCUUUAAGUAUCACACCGAAAUCGCACCUGGAAAGGGAGAUAUGCCAACCUUGACAGAUGGAGACCGGGGGCGUUUUAUCCUUAUUGUAUAUGAAAAUAUUUUAAAGUACGUGAACUUGGAUGCUUGGAACAGGGAGCUACUGGAUAAGUACUGCAUUGAGUACAGCGUUGGUAUUAUUGGCUUCUUCAAGGCAAAUGAAAAUAGUUUGUUGAGUGCUCAGCUGAAGGGUUUCCCACUCUACCUGCAUUCUAACCUUGGCCUCAAGGACUGCAGCAUAAACCCAAGGUCCCCACUGCUCUACAUCACCAAAGCAAAGGAGAUGGAGAAGGGUUUCCUCCCAGGAGAUGACUGGACGGUUUUCCAGUCCAACCAUUCAACUUACGAGCCGGUCUUGCUCGCCAAGACCAAAUCAGCGGAGAAGAUCCCUCACAUGGAGGUGGACGCUGCCCUUCACACAACAGUAGUACAGGACCUGGGUCUCCAUGAUGGCAUUCAGCGAGUGCUCUUUGGAAACAACAUGAACUUCUGGCUCCACAAGCUCGUCUUUGUGGAUGCUGUCUCCUUCCUAACAGGGAAGCGAUUAUCUCUCUCGUUGGACAGAUAUAUUCUGGUGGACAUCGAUGACAUCUUUGUUGGAAAGGAAGGAACCAGGAUGAAAGCAGAGGAUGUGAAGGCUUUGCUUGAAGCCCAGAAUCAACUGCGAGUUCAUGUCCCGAACUUCACUUUCAACUUGGGAUUCUCCGGGAAAUUCUACUACACUGGAACUGACGAUGAGGACAAGGGAGACAACCUCCUCCUGUCCAACGUGAAAGAGUUCUGGUGGUUCCCACACAUGUGGAGCCACAUGCAGCCACACUUGUUCCACAACCAGUCAGUACUCAUUGAACAAAUGCUCCUCAACAAGCAGUUUGCAGUGGAGCACGGAAUCCCCACAGACAUGGGCUAUGCAGUGGCACCCCACCAUUCGGGAGUGUAUCCAGUCCACAUGCAGCUGUACGAGGCCUGGAAGCAGGUGUGGGGCAUGAAGGUGACAAGUACCGAGGAGUACCCGCACUUGAAGCCAGCGCGAUUCCGACGAGGGUUCAAACACAAUGGCAUCAUGGUUCUGCCUCGUCAGACGUGUGGGCUUUUCACACACACCAUAUUCUACAAUGAGUACCCCGGAGGACCCAAGGAGCUGGACAAGAUCAUUAACGGCGGAGAGUUGUUCCUCACUGUCCUCCUCAACCCUAUCAGCAUCUUUAUGACGCACCUGUCAAAUUACGGCAAUGACCGGCUGGGGCUCUACACGUUUAAGAAUCUGAUCAGCUUCGUGCAGUGCUGGACCAACCUGAAGCUGCAGACACUCCCUCCUGUGCAGCUGGCACAGAGAUACUUCCAGCUCUUCCCCGAAGAGAAGGACCCUUUCUGGCAGGAUCCUUGUGAGGAUAAAAGACACAAAGAUAUCUGGUCUAAAGAAAAAACAUGUGACAGACUUCCAAAACUUCUAAUUAUUGGUCCCCAAAAGUCAGGUACCACAGCUCUCUAUCUUUUCCUCACUAUGCACCCGGACAUCACCAGUAACACUCCAAACCCAGACACCUUCGAGGAGCUGCAGUUCUUCAACGGGCCAAACUAUCACAAGGGCAUUGACUGGUACAUGGACUAUUUUCCUAUUCCUUCCAACACCAGCUCGGACUUCUUCUUCGAGAAGAGUGCAAACUACUUUGACUCUGAGGUCGCUCCAAAGCGGGCGGCAGCUCUGCUACCCAGGGCGAAAAUCAUCAGCAUCCUGAUCAGCCCUGCAGACCGAGCCUACUCCUGGUACCAGCACCAGCGAGCCCACGAUGACCCGGUGGCCCUGAAGUACAGUUUCCACGAGGUGAUCACUGCUGGAGCCGACACCAUACCAAAGCUGAGAGCUCUCCAGAAUCGGUGCCUGAUCCCAGGCUGGUAUGCAAUGCACAUCGAGCGCUGGCUUAAGUACUACCACGCCAACCAGAUUCUUGUUCUCGAUGGGCAACUCCUCCGGACAGAACCCGCAACGACAAUGGAAAAGGUGCAGAAGUUCCUCGGACUCCGAAACAUCGUCAAUUACCACAAGUUGUUGGUGUUUGACCCCAAGAAAGGUUUCUGGUGUCAGCUCCUGGACAGCAAUAAAUCCAAGUGCCUGGGGAAGAGCAAGGGGCGCAAGUACCCGGAGAUGGACCCUGAUUCCAGGGCCUUUUUGAGAGAGCACUACAGGGACGCCAACAUUGAACUGUCCAAGCUCCUGUAUAAACUGGGACAGACCCUUCCAACGUGGUUGAGAGAGGAGCUCCAAAACAACAGGUAGUUGCGAGAGACAGCACAGUACUUCAGACUUUUCCCCGAGGAGAUCAAGCUGUGAUGCCUCUCCCAUCCACCUUAAUCUGUCAAGGUCCAGAUCUGCUGCUUCUAACUGAGACUCCAGACAUGUCUAUGGAAGCGUUGCCGAUGGGCUAUCUCCCUGUGGAGACCCUGGUGCGUACUAUUUAAGCACUGACUGGAUGCUUGUGAAGAUCAUCAUACAUUUUCAUCUCUGUGCUUCUUCAGGAAGAUCAGGCGGGAGUGAAGUCUAUGAACUGUAAUUGGUUCCUGAAGGCACUGAUGAAGCUCAUCGCCGACCCAUGUUUACUUCUCCUGAAUGGUUGCGAUACACGGCCUUUAUUCAUCUAUGGUUUCAAGAGAGAGAGAGAGAUAUGCCAGGCUCUGACUUUCGAGAGCACAAGAGUUCAAUAUGAGGGAAAGUCUUUGGUUCCUCAGCACGAUCUGUGCUAGUUUCAGUUGAGGGAGGGCCCUCUUGUCUCUCCUCCCAACCCCACCCCCCCCGCCACACACACACACACACACACACACACACACACACACACACACACACACACACACACACACACACACACACACACAAUUUUUGGUUCAGAACAAAGUGGUCCCAAGACAGUUUGAUCAGGUUGCUCCCCCAGGGUGCCCCUGUGUUGAAGAGUUUAGCAUCUUCCCUUCAACAAGGGUUUACGGAGUCACACAGACUUCUUGCAACAGUGGGUCCUGAGCCAAGCUGGGAGUCACGUAAACUACCAGACAAAGUCCCCUCCCUCCAUCGAAGGGCAUCCUUCGGGUACAGUAGGACCAGACUUGUGUUAAGAAGCAAGAAGACCACUAUCUCCUCGUUCCCACUUGUAACACUGCCAUUAAAGUCUGGGUAGCAUAUUAUCCACCCUUACUCUUCCAGAUUAGAUUUAUAUUCCUGUUUAAAGAACCGACAUGACUUUUGUACGCACAAACUGUUUUGCAGAAAGCUGUUACAAACAAGUUGAGACAGUUGUCUGUGUCCCAACCACAGAACCUUCCUAGCGUUCAGUGACUAUGAAUUAGCUACUUGAUGUAAUGAUGCUGACUGUGGAGGGUCUGUAUCCUUGCAAACAAAGAUUGAUGCAUCUUCCCUGUAUUCCUGUCAAGAUUCAGCCUCUCUCCAGUGCUCAGAGGAGGUCAUCAACUGCUCCAGGGAUUGAGUCAACCCUUGGCUGGUGUUGGGUUUGAAAAACUUAUUUUUCAAAAAAAAACUUU